AUGUACUCCACCAGCCAGCAGGGGACCACCUAUCAGAAAUACCAGCCUUGGGACUCAUUACAUCAUGGCUCCAUUUGUCAGAUGUGCUUCUCUGAUGAACUUUGCCGGGACAAGAACCUAUUGGGAGCCGACCAGAAAUGGCAGGCCAUCAUGUUUGUCCCCACUAUGAAACAGCUUUCCUUCUUGGUUAUCCUGGUUGCAAAUGCUUUGGCCACUAUCAAUAGCAGCCCACUCAACUUCAGAGGGAUGAUUCAAAAGAUUACAGGGAGAAACACCCUCAUCUAUUUCAAUGGAUAUGGGUGCUACUGUGGAAAGGAUGGGAAGGGGAAGCCAAAGGAUGGGAUAGACAUGUGCUGCUUCCACCACGAAUGCUGUUAUGAGAGGUUACAAAUGCAUAAGUGUCACCCACUGAUCGAUCACUACACCUUUCUGAUUGUCAAUGAUGAUGUCCUCUGUGAGAACGGGGAGAAAACCGGGUGCCCCACACGGGUGUGCGAAUGCGACCGGGAAGUGAGCCUCUGCUUCAGGAGGGAAGCCAAGACCUACAACAAGUCCUUCCAUCAUUAUCCCGCCGUCUUGUGCAAGGAGGUCACCCACAAAUGUCCACCCAGUGAAGAAGUGGUGCAGAAAGAAAACCUAACCACAGGACCGCAGAGCAACCAGACCCUUACGUAG